AGCUGUUCCCACGACGCUUUUUAAAUUUGUGCACCUGAGGAUCUCAACUACGACUUCUCAACAAUGUGGCCCUUCUCAACUUCGUAUCCUACGAAAACGCCUCAGCAACUGAACGCAGAAUAUGACUAUAUCAUUGUCGGAGGUGGGACGGGAGGAUGCGUCCUGGCUCGCCGGCUCGCCGAAGACAGCAGCUGUAGCGUGCUCGUCAUCGAGCGCGGCGACGCACGCGACAUCUGGCUCGACCGCUUCCCACUACCGUCGACACACCACUGGUCCGAUCGUAAACACAGCAUGGUUCUCGAGGCGGACAUGCUGGGGCCUCGGCGGACCUCGAGGAUCAAUGCGAUGCAAUACAGUCGCGGCGCGCCUGGCGAGUAUAACGCGUGGGCACAAGCUGGGCGCAAGGGAUGGAGUUACCAGGAGCUGUUGCCGUACUUCGAGAGGGCAGAGUGCUUGUACAAUCCGGUGACGAAGGGGCAUUAUGGGACUGAAGGUAUCAUCAUCCAGGGCUCGCAGAAAGCAGGCUUCGCCUAUGGCAAGGAUGUCAGCGACCCGAAGCUGCCGACCUCGGGGUGCUUUCUGAUUCAUCACACUAUCGACUUGUCGGGCAACCGGCACAGCACGUUCCGGGCAUUCCUCCCGAUGGAGUUUGUGCUUGCGCAUGAUCAGAAUCUGCACCUGUGCGUGAACACUGUCGCGCGCAAGAUUGAGACGGAACAACUGGCAGACGGGAACCUGAGGGCUACGGGCGUGGUUGUACAGAGUAUGACGCCCGGCACGGCGAGUGUGUUUGUCAAGACUCGGAGAGAGGUCAUCCUGUGCUCGGGUGCGCUGCGGACGCCCCAGGUGUUGAUGCUCAGCGGCAUUGGCCCCGAGAAGCACUUGCGUGACAUGGGCAUUCCGGUCGUGCACAACCUUGAGGGUGUUGGCUCCAAUCUGCAAGACCACAUGGGCGCGGGCAUUGAUCUACAGUGUUCGCUCGAACAUUCCCUCUAUGUGCUCGUCCGGCCACCAUGGUACCUCCUCUACCAGCUCCUGCGGUACUUCAUCUUCGGUGACGGCUGGUUCCUCACAUCACUUGUCGAAGUAUGCAUCCUCACCUGCGAGCGCUGGCUUGAUGCGGACUCGGGGCAGAAGCCGCUCGGCGAGAAAGACAAGGAUGCAUCACUGCCGGAGAACAUCCCGGAUAUCGAGAUCAUGACUAGCUCGGUCUGCGACUGGCGAUUCCCAGAGUUCGACCGCACGCGGGGCGGGUUCACAAUGCUCGCUGCGCCGCUGCGGCCGUUCUCGCGAGGCACCCUCCGCCUGCGCUCCUCGGAUCCGCUCGAACAGCCCGUCGUCAAUCUGAACUACCUCGCUGACGUGCGCGACCGCACGAAUCUGCGGGCGGGAAUCCGGCUGUGCAUGCGCAUUGUGCGCGAGAUGGAGAACGGUGGGUACCCUGUGGGAUACUUCAAGGCGCCACGGAGUCUCGACGACGACGCGCUUGACGCGUUCGUCGAUGGCCACAGCCAGAGCUUCUUGCACUACAGUAGCACAUGUCGCAUGGCGCCACGCGACGAUCCCGAGCCAGGCGUCGUGGAUGACGAACUCCGGGUGCACGGGUUCACGAACUUGAGAAUCGCAGACGCGAGCGUGUUCCCGCAGAUACCUGCGGCGCACUUGCAGGCGCCAGUUGUUGCUGUGACGGAGAAAUGUGCGGACAUGACCAAAGCAACGUGGAAGGCAUAGGAACGAGCUGGUUUGCCUGCGGAGUCCCGGUGAUCCCUAGAUUAUUUACCGCGUAUGUGCAGUCUUAGAUCCUGCUUUCACUAGAUUAAUAUUGUGGUGCUCCUUGUGCUGUCAAAACUGCACAUAUCCUAUGAUGAAGCACGCUGCACGAGUAUACCAAAGUUGGAUCGCAUAUCUACUUCUCAUUCUCCCUCGCAGCCUUCUUCACCAUCUCAGCGCACUUCUCUGCAACAACAAUGACAGGUGCUUGGAGGUGCGCCGCCGGAAUCUGUGGAAAGACACUCGCAUCGCAGACCCUCAGGUUCGCUACCCC